AUGGCACUAUUACGUCCUUCGAAGGAAAAUACUCCCCCACUUCGUGAUCCGGUGGAACCACCUUCGCCAAUGAUUGAAUCGUCAUUGUACUCGAUUAUGUCGGACUAUGAGGACCAAGAGUAUUUCAAUUGUAUGAUAAAUUACCAAAGGGAAAAGGCUUUGGAGAUAUUUGGUAAAUCGUUAUUCAACUCCAAAUUUUUCAAAAGAAAAUCAAAGUCUGAGUUAGCGGAGUCGUUACCUGCAAAGAGUCAAAAGAAAAAUGAAAGUAGUUCAAACCAAACUAUGGAAGUUAACUUGGAAAAUCUGCCAGCUGAUCCCGGAUUACAUCAUCAAAUAUUGAGUUACCAUCCAAAUGUUCAAGACCAAGUUCGAAGAGCUUAUCUCCAAAAAGAGUACAGCAUAAAAAAAUAUGCUGCCUUUUGUCUAUGUUGUUAUCUCUUUAAACCUGAUAUUGGAGAGCAAUCUGGUGGUGAAUCUUUUGUUGGUGUUGGAUUUUUGAAUUGGAAGAAAAAAGAUAGACUACAAAUUCAUGUUAGAGGACCGAAUAGUGCCCAUAAUAAAGCUUGGAGAAGUUGUGAGGUCUUAUUAAACCGAAAGCAGCAUAUUGAAACAAUUCUCUCAAAACACUCAAACCAAGAUCGAAUUGAUUAUGGAACUCGUUUAAGUGCAUCAGUUGGUGUUAGUAGGAUACUUUUACAACAAGGGCUUCCAUUUCGUGGGCAUGAUGAAUCAGAAAAUUCAACCAAUCAAGGGAAUUUUCUUGCAUUUUUACGAUGGCUAUGUCAUUUCAAUGAUAAUAUAAAAGCUGUCACGCUAAAAAUUGCUUAUGAAAAUAUGAAGUUGACAUCACCUGAUAUCCAGAAGGACAUUUCAAAUGCUAUUUCAACUAAAAUUAUCAAUGUAAUCAUCAGGGAUAUUGGUGAUUCAUUAUUUGCCAUUCUUGUUGAUGAAUCAUGUGACAUGUCUUCAAAGGAGCAAAUGGCCAUUGUGCUACAUUAUGUGGAUAAAGGUCAGCUUCAGCUAGCUCUGAUAGCUGUGGCAAAGAAACAUUCAGAACUUACAGAUUUAUUUACUAUGGUUUCUAAUGUGGUGAAUGUUGUGGGUGCAUCCGCUAAGCGCCGUGAUAUGCUGAGAGAAAAGCAUGUUGAUGCAAUUUUUAAAGCACUCAAUAAUAAUGAGCUCUUAAGUGGACAAGGCUUGAAUCAAGAAACUAAUCUUAAGCGGUCUAGUGAUACACAAUGGAGCUCUCAUUAUAAUUGUUUAAUUAGUUUGGAAAAAAUGUUCCCGUUUGUGACAGAUGUGCUUAAAAUUGUAAGAACAUAUGGAUCAGGUUACGAACAAAAAUUUGAAGCAAAGGUUCUAUUGACUUUUAUGCAAUCAUUCAGCUUCAUUUUUGGACUACACUUGAUGAAAAGAAUUUUGGGAAUCACAAACGACUUGUCUCAGGCAUUACAAAAGAAAGAUCAAGAUAUUGUGAAUGCCAUGGACUUGGUCAAAAUAUGUAAAGGAAGAUUGCAAAGUAUGAGAGAUAAUGGUUGGGAUUCUUUACUUGAUUAA